GAAAAAAUAAUAAUCUUUCCUUAUUUAAGGAGCGGGACAGCAAGUCCUGGUCUUUUGACUCGGGCUGGGCUCUUCCUCAUACAUGAUUUUGAAUAUAUGCAUACUUAUGCAUACUACUGUUACCUCCAUGCCUGCAAUCAGUUCAAACCAGCAUGUCCAACAUCCGCAACGGGUAAUGUUAAUCACAUACCCUCGGACAGCAUCAAACCUGUUGAUCAAAAUGCUAUCCUUGGAGGAUCAGAAAAAUGUGCUGUCGAACAGAAUGGGCGGGUAUUUCUUUUGGGAUGCCUACAUGAAGGGGCGUAGAAAUGGGCACAUCUACAAGCCAAUUGCACAUUGGACGGCGGAUGAUAUUGAGGAAACGCGGCAACUGUUUCAGCAAUGCGUUGAUAACCUGGAAGACAUGUCCCAAGCUGCCGAGGCCCAAGACAAGGUGUUAUUUGGGAAAGAACAUGUUUCCUGGUUUGCCAACCCGGCAGUGACCAGUGGCCAUCUAUUUGAUGAUGAUGAUGGGAGUGAGGACCAAUACGCUAUGCCAUUUUGUCUUGACUUCCCAGAGAGAUACGGCUCUGCGUCGGCGUUUUCCCCUGAGAACCCAACGGUCCUUCCGGAUGAGUAUCUCAAAUCGUGGACGCAGACCUUUCUUAUCAGACAUCCUGCCCUGGCGUUUCCAUCCUUCUAUCGCGCAAUGAAUAGUCUGCAUGAUGAAGGAUGUGCUGAUCCCCACGAAUUAAUCCCACUGAUGAAACUUUCCUCAACCCUGUGGUGGACCCGGCAACUCUAUGAAUGGUGCUGCAAGAAUAGCGCAAACACAUUGACAGGCCAUGGCAGCGAGCGUGAGAGGCUCCCGAUUGUCUUGGAUGCGGAAGAUAUCAUCCACAGCCCAUCUGUCCUUCUUCGAUACUGCGAGCUGGUUGGCUUGGAUCCUGGCAAAGUCAAGUUUCAAUGGAACAAUCAGACGAAACAGUCAAAUGUUAUCGAGGCGGUGAUGAAAGCGACUCUGGACCAUUCGUCCGGGCUGCUGCCCGAGAAAACCCCCGCGAUAAUUGAUAUCUCCGCGGAGGCAGACACAUGGAUCGAUGAGUUCGGAGAGGAGGUGGGGAAACUCAUCGAGAAACUGGUUCGCGAUGCAAUGCCGGAUUAUGAGUUUCUACGGGAGAGGAGGUUGAAAGUGGCGCAUAAGUGAAAUCAGCUUUACUCCUUCCUGGCCAUGUCUCAUCAGUCGCCUGCUUCUUCUUUUUCUUUUUUGGACACUUUAAUCGAUUUAAUUUUCUUUCACCUCUAGACUGAUAGUCCUUCUGUUCUGAGUGGCCAUCGCCCAGUGAGGUCUGGACCCAUCCAUUCAGUCCAUAUCACAAUUAUUUCGUAGACUAGCCGUAAUUAUAGAAAUGCAAGCUGCCAUAGCUUGGCCUUACUGACUUUUUCGG